AUGGGGUCCAGCACAAAGAAGAAGAAGGAGAAGCAAAAGGACUUUCAGAAGCCCAAGUUGAAAGUUGGCAAGACCAAAGCAAAGCCAUCCAACUUUACCGACACGAGUUUCAAAUCCAAAUCCAUUGUUCUACAUGAGCAGCUCAAGGAAGAUGCGCCCGAUGUGCUCGAACGAUUCAAGCACCAUCUGUCCCUCCUCACCUCGAGGACGGAUAGUCAACGUCGCGAUGCGCUAGCGUACCUCACGGGACAGCUCUCGACGACUCCUCCAUUCAACCCUGUCGGCACACCGACCUUGCUCUCAAAGCUGCUUCCUCUUAUGACAGACGCCACUGGCUCGGUGCGCAACCAGCUCAUUAAGCUACUGCGAGCCAUACCUGCCCCCGAAAUCCGGUCUGAAGUCGAAAAGAUCAUGCGGUACAUUCGAGGAGCCAUGACACAUAUAUCGCAGGAGAUCAAGGACGAUGGACUCAAUUACCUCGAGUGGCUGCUGGAAGUGGCCGGCGAUCAGGUUGUUGAGAGUGCCGGAUGCUGGGUCAAACCCCUAAAGGAUUUCACUUCGAUUCUGGGCUGGACCACUUACAUCAAGCCAAAAACGACCGGUCCGACGCCUGGAAAAGGAGGCUGGACAUCAGCUCCUCGGACGACAUUCGGUGCCAAAAAGUACGGCGCCUCCUACCCGCGACAAAUGAGCGUCGUGGCCAAGUUCCUGGAAUGCGGCUUCAAGCGACCCGAACCCGUACCCUGGGACGCGGGACAGUGGUUCCGGAAUUUUAGCCAUCUGCCCACGACGCCGGACCCUUAUGGAUAUCUUGGCCUCUUUGCGGCACCGCGGGACGAGGACGGGCGCAUGUACCGCGACCGCGAGGACCGUCAGGCCGUCUUUUACCGAGACUUUUACGAGGCCUUUCGCAAGGGCGUCGAGGAGGCCAAGAAGGAGGGCGGCAUGGCUGGGCGCUCGGCGGCGCAGCUGGACAAGGCGCUCAAGGACGGCAUGGGCGAUUACGAGGAUACGAAACGCUAUGAUGAAAACAAGGGGCUCUGGGAAGGCUACCUCAUGUGA